UUCCCUGCAGGGACUGAGCAUGAGCAGGUUUGUGCGCCAGCUCCUGGAGGCGCUGACCACCGUGGAUGACGGUGCAAAGGCGGACAUAGUCCAAGCCAUCCUAACGCUGCACGAGCAGGUCGGGGUGGAGAAUGGCCGUGAGGUCUGCAAGGUCCUGCUCCUCAUCCUGAACCAGAGCGACCCACCCAAACUGGAGGAAAAGACUCAGAAAAAGUUUGUCCUGACCUCCCUGAAUGCUCUCAUGGCCUUCUGCAGAGACAGCAAGGAGCUGCUGCUGGAGCUUAUGGCAUACUUCCUGCACAGUCCCAUCUCCAGCAGGGGGUCCAUUAAGGCUCUUUUCAUAGAGCUGGGCCUGGAGGAUCCGCACAACUAUUUCUACCAGGAGAUGGACUCUUGGGACCUUUCCAGGGAGAAGCCUGUCACCAAGGCAGCGCUGAGGAGAAUCUGCGCACAGUGGCUUGAAGGAGUGAUGCAGGAUUUCCAGGAUCACAAGAGCAGCACGUUGGAGCCGUUCCAGGCACAGGCGGGGAAAAGGCACUUCCCUGGUAGCAGCCCAAAGGCUAAGAAAGCUGCAGAGAGGAGCAAGAUUUUUCCAUCUGCUGGCAGCCCAGAGCCGCCAGUGGGGCCAAUAAACGCAAUAAACCAUUUCUGUAAAGUGCAAAUGAAGAGGGAUUUGGAAGAUCUGAAACAGCCAAAAUCUGCUGGAGCCCAGGAAACCAAGAACACAGUGAUGGCCUUGCCUUCCAUUGGGAGGAGCCAGGCCAUCUUGCGGCUCGGAGAGACCAACACUAUGGCGCGAAGGAGACCACCCCAACGUUUCUAUCUUCCGCGCAUUUUUCCACUCCCUUUGUUGACGGGAUUUGUACAUGCUAUCAAAUUGCCAAUGCCAAGAAUCGACGUGAACCCAUUUCCACCUGAUUCCGACAUGCCAGCUUCACAAAAUACAUUCAUCUCCAUGCAUCAGAAAGUCCAGAAAUAUUUCAUCCCAAAGUUCUCGCUAGCAGAUAGCUAUCCCUGAAGACAUGGCUAGCCAAGAUAGCUUUGCAUCGACCGGACUCCUAGACUUGAUAAUUAGCAGAGGCCAUUGAAUACAGAAUGAUAAUGGGCUCUUGUAGGUCUGGCUAUAAGGAAACUAAAUAAACUAUAGUCUAUAUAUAUGGUAAAGAUGGAAGGUCCAGCUGAGAGUUAUACACCAUCUGGGUGGAGCAAGCCCCGCAAAACAAAAUGCACCGGGGAAAUAAUA